AUGGCAAAGUUUCCCAAGUUUUUCAAAAAGAAAAAGAAGGACAAGAAAGGAACGAAGAAAGAAUCUGAAAAGAAACCAAAGUCCAUUCUUCAUUCAGAUGACGAUGAUUCCGAUUUAGAUGACAGCAAGCAUGAUGCAAGGUCGGUUCAGUUCGAUGAAAGCUCAAAUCAUGUCACCGAGUUUACACCAUUGUCGCCAUCGAAUAAGCCUAAACUGUGGCAGAGCAAAAACGACCUUCAGCACAAUCGGGAAGAAGUCCUAAACGAAAAAGCAAUCGAACGCACCCGAGAGAAAGUGCGACAAGCAGUCCAAAAGGAAAUGGGCAAGUUUGCGACUAGCAAAAAGAUUGACAAACGAGUCCAACAGGUCUUAAAAGGGAAACCUAAGGAAAUUAUGGAAUAUCUUCAGCUACAAGGUAUCAGUAUCACUGCGUCGCCAGCCGAAACGGAAGAAAAGGUUCGAACGAUGGUCAAGAACAAAUUGAUUACCGAUCGUGGGGCCCGUGGUGGCCGCCAAUCCUUCUCCUCUACCCAACAACUCGACGAUAAAGUGGAGGCUAUCAUGGGUCUAGAUCGAGACGAUAUUUUGGAAUACUUGGAGUUGGAGGAAGAUUCCCCAAUGGUUUCUCCUGAGUGGAGACAGGAUGAAGCCAAACCGGACCUUCAAUCGCUUUCUUCCGACUCUUCUUCCAUGGCUUCUUUUGCAGGAGAACCUUCGACGCCAAAGUCUACCAAAGCCGACUCCGACGAAGUCAGCCAAGACUCUCCCAAAGAGCUGACCAAGAAGACUCCGAUGAAAUCACCGAAGAAGAGUCCAAUGAAGUCUCCGAAGCAAUCAGCAAUGAAGUCUCCGAUGAAAUCCCCAAAGGCCGAUACCAAGCUUUCGUUUUCUCAACCACUACCUCCAAUGUCCGAGUCCCCCUCUGAGUCUUCAGCAUCCGGUGAGAAAAUGUGGUUCGAGGAAUCUCCAACAAAGGCCAAACCCAAGAAAACCACUUUCGACGAACAACCCAAGUCACCCAAGGCACCCAAGUCAUCCAAAGCAUCGAAAUCACCAAAAGUGUCACCGAAAACGCCUACCAAAGCGACGAAAGAAGUAAUAGAACAAGAGACGUCACUAUCUAUCUCGCCACCGUCAGCUUCCUCGCAAAAAGCGAAACCCAUUCGUGGUCUCACACGUACGAAAUCGGCUGUGGUUAUAUCGCUGGAAGAUGCCUUGAAUAAAGAAGGAGUCGAUGACUUUUUGAAGGAUCAGAUAUUAAAGGUAAUGGAGGAGAAGAAUCUUGGUAUUGAUUCCCUGGAAGAAGCUUUGGACGAGGCCAAUGAACGCUAUCUUAAUCUCAAAGAGAAACAACGCAAAUUCAUUGCAGUCCAUGAAGAGUUGGAAGCCUUGGCGAGGAAUCAACAACGCAAAUUGGAGCUCAUGACUAGAGAAUUGGAGAAACCAAAGGAAGGCCCCGGUCUGGACGGUGAAGUCAAGGAAAUUGAAGCUUUGCGCGAAGCUCUGGAUAAGGCCAAUGAUCGAACCUCCAACUUGAAGACGAAGGAUCGAAAGCUAGUUGCAGUAGGAGAAGAGUUGGAAUCUCUGUGUCGCCGACAACAGGCCCAAAUCGAGCGUGCUGAGAAGGAACACUUUGACCGGCUUAAAGCCAAAGAUGCAUUGAACGAAUCUCUGAAAGAACAGCUGAAGACAUACAAGGAGAAUAUUCAGGAAAAGGACAAGGUCAUUGCCAUGCUGCAAAAGGACAAAAAGGGGACCUCAACAAAGGAAGACUCGAACGACAAUGAUGAAGUCCGAGACAUUCAUGAUGAGUUGAUUGAAAAUCUGAAGUCCAAAGAUGAACUGAUUGACUCUUUGCGAGAUCAGAUACGGGAGGCACGAAAAACAAACAAGGAACAGAGCUCAGAGAUUCAAAGCCUUGAGCGUCAGCUCCGAGAUGCAAAGCAAACGGCUCCAAAAGCAACGUCGGAAAAGCCACUAUCAAGUGCAACUCCAUCUGACGAAUCGGACAAGGAAAACGCCGCCGGGGGUAGUGGCGAGAAAACGAUAAAGAUGCUUCGUCAAAAGCUUGAAAUAUCUGAGCAGCGUCAAACUCGAAAUGAAGAGCUCGUUGAAAAGCUAGAGGGGCAGCUGGACGAGUCCGAUGGCAAGCUGCAGAAUAUGCAAGCGAAGUUGGAAAAGACGCAGGAAGAAUUGGAAGAGGCAAAUGCAAGAAUUGAAGAGCUGAAGAAGGAGCUUCCUUCUGACGAACACCUAGACAAGCAAGAAAAAGAUUGCAAGGCCGAUUUGACAGAGGCACGCUCCAGAAUUCGUGAUUUGCAGCGAAAAUCGAAAAAGGAGGAGUCCGAAAAGAGCAAAGCAGUAGAGUCACUUGAAAAAGCCAAGACUACAAUCGAAGAGUUAGAGGGUAAAGUCAAAGGGUUUGAGAAGUCAAAAGCAACAGGCCAAGUUGAGAAGGCCGGUGCGACAAUUGUUUCCGAGGCAACCCCUGAAGAGAAAAUGGAACGGCUAACAAAACAGAUGCAAGAUCAACUAGAAGAAGUAGAAGAGGAACUAGUUUUUGCGAGAGGAAGGAUCACGGCGCUUGAAACUGAGUUGAAUAAUUCGAAAGCUGAAGGAGGUGACAUGCCGCAAGCACUUGAUUCUAAUGACAAGAAGGAUGCUGAGAUCAAGGCGCUUCAAGAAGACGUGGAAAGGUUAGAAUCAGAUUUGCGGUACACAGCCAAGGAUCGUGAUAGGAAAUGGAACGAAAAGGAUGCUGAGAUUGAAAAGCUGAAAGUAGAGCUUUCAGAGGCGAAAAAUGGACAAGGAAAAGAAAAUGCUGCAUGCGAAUCAGACGGAAAAGAGACUAAGAUUAAGAACUUGCAAGAGGCACUUGAAAAAAGGAAAGAAGAAUCCGAUGCAUCAAUUCAAGCGUUGGAAAAUACUGUUUCCGAGCUACAAGAACAAAUUAUGAAACAAGUACAAAGUGCCAAAGAAGAAGAAACUCCAUCGUCUUCAGUCAAUAAGGAUGAUCAAAUCACCAAGCUGCAGCAUCAAAUCGAGGAUUUGGAGCAAGACUUAAGAUAUACUGUGAAAGAUCGUGACAAGAAAUGGAAUGAGAAGGACCAAGAGAUCGAAAGGCUGAAAGAGGAAGCUGCAAAACAAGCCCGAAAAGUACCAUCCAAUACCGGAGAAGAGAUAGCUGAGCUGAAGGGCAAGUUGAAAAAAGAAAGUGAUCGCGCAAAUGAUCUGCAAACUGAGCUGCAAUCGCUUCAGAAUGCUUUGGCUGAAAAGGCCACCACAGUUGAAGCUACGCGGGAAGAAUUGCAGGAAAAUGAAGCAAUGAUACGAUCUUUGCAACGAGAGAUUGCAGAACAAAAGGUUGAAUCCGAACGUCAACGCACAGCACCUACAGCGAAUGCUGGGGAUCAAGCAGCCCUACAGGCCGAUCUUGAAAUUACAAAGGAGGACCUUCGCGAAGCAAGAAAAAGUUUGAAACUAGAGAUGACAUCGAACGAGAAAACGAAACUCGAACUUUUGAGCAUGGAAAACGACUUGGAGAAUAAAGAAGAAGAAUUGGCUCUGAUGGGGAAACAAAUCGAGCUAUCGAACCUUCUGCAAGAGCAAGUCGAUCAUCUGAAACAAUCGCUUGAGAAAAACCGACUGACGAUCGAGAACCAGGCGUCGCAAAUUGACUCAUUGAAGGAAGAAGUCGAAAUGAGAACGGCUGUUGUCUCCAAAGGCGACCUUGAGGAGAUUUUGGAAGUAGCGAAAUUGAAUUCAGAAUUGGAAGAGGUUGAUGAAGCGUUGAAGAAAGAGAAGGCAGCCCACAGGAAAGCGAAGAAAAGAAUCACAAAGCUUGAAAGCAAACUGCCCGAUGGGCAGAGCUCAUUGGAAUUACAACAGCAACUAGAAACUUUAAAAGCUUCCAUGGACUCCAAGGCUGGCGUUAUUGACUCCAUGAGACAGGAAUUGGCAGACAAAGAAGAGCAUAUCAAAUCAUUGGAACAUGUGGUUAGGAAGAAACGAGAAUCAGGAAACCACAAGAAAUCAGAUAUGAGCAGUUCUGUCCAAGAGGCGAUACGCAAACAGCUGGAAGAAGAAAUUUAUGAUCUCCAGCGCCGGCUUCGAAAGGAACAAUCCAUGAACAAGAGAUCUAAGAAGAAGAUUUCCAAACUUGAAGAGGAAUUGGACGACCAACUUGCCGAUUGGGUAGAGCUAGAGAAAGAAAUGGACGAAACGAAAACAUAUUUGGCCGAGAUUGAAUCACAAGUGGCUAGAGAAGAGGUUCAAAGACGCAAAACCAAAGAGAAAGACGCUAGAGAGAGAGAUGCUAAAGAGAAAAUGGCCAAGCGAAACUCCCGCUCUUCUGGAAUUGAAAAUCAAGACUUCAAUCUAUACUUGGAUGGAUUGACAAAGAAAGUUCGGGAUGCUCGAAGCCAGCUGGAGACUGCGCACGAUCGACUUGAUAAUGCAGUAAGCCGGCACCGGGCACCAACAUUUGAGGCAAAGAAGAAUCCUGAAGCUGUGCAUUCUGCAUAA